AUCAUCUUUCAAUCUAAAUCUAAAUCUCAUAUCUUAUCUACUACGUACGUUAAUGGCUGAGACGAAGACGAGAAGUUCCGGUGCACGGCGGCGACAAUCCAGUCGACUACAGAGCAGGGCUCCGGCGUCGAUAAAGAUUAGUCCUCUCUCUAAUUGGAACGUUGUCAUUCCUCUCCUUUCGCCACUCGUGGCUUCGCCGGAGGCGCGUGACUGGCCGGAAGAGGUUAGAAAUCAACCGGAGAAAGAGCCGGAGGAGAAGCCGGUCAUCUUCAAGAAAUGGCAGCAUCCGGCGGCUCCUUUUUCCUACGAAUCGACUCCUCCUCUAAUGGUGCCUUUUAUUUGUACUGCAGGCAGCAGCCAAGGAUAGGUCGUAAGUAAGUACACAUAUAUAUGUUGUAUACACGUUUAUAUAUGUUAUGUACAAUCAGUCAGUCCACUUUUCAUUUGUAGAAUUUUAUAUUUGUUUUCUCACUCUUUAUGAUUAUUUGUACAAAAGCCUCUCAGUUCUCGUCAAUUUUUCUAUACAAGACAGAGAUUGUAUAUA